AUGUGGGAUAUACUGCUGCGUGCAGACGUGAAGCCGGUCGCCGGUACGAGUUUGGAAGGUUCUGGGCUGCCUAUGUACAUGAAGUCCCUGCGCUGGGCCCUGGCGGUCAUGGCUGUGUUUCUGGCCGUGUCCGCAGUCGCCAUCGUGGCUCUGGCUUCUAGAGCAGGGAUCAGGUGCCGGCCGUGCCCCCGGGGCUGGAUGUGGUCCGAGGAGCACUGCUACUACGUCUCUACCGAAGCUCAGGCCUGGGAGGCCAGCCAGGCGUUCUGCUCAGCUCACCAGGCUACCCUCCCGCUGCUGAGCCACACCCAGGACUUCCUGAGCAGAUACCCAGUCACCAAGUACUCCUGGGUGGCGGCCCGGCGAGGCCCCCAGGGCUGGCACUGGAUGGACGGGGCCCCACUAUCACCCCCGCUGCUCCCGGAGGAAGAGGAGGACCAGACGGAGCUCAAGUGUGGGGGCCUGGAGGGAGGCAAGCUGGUAGCUUUGGACUGUGCCUCUCCAAGACCAUGGGUCUGCGCCAAGGGGACCAAGUGACUUGGGUUCCGCCCGUCCUGAGACUUGGGGGCAUGCAGUGCCCCCAGGGGAAGCCAGGUUGCUAGCUGUCGCAGCCUCUUCCCUGGACCCAGACUUCGGGGUCUCCCUGCUCUGUGCUCAGGGGGCCCUUUCUGAGCCAACCAGGGACUGGACUUCCGGCUCAGGCAGGUCACGUCCAAGGGCGAGGAGGCUUUCUGUGGCCCUUCCAGCUUCUGAAGCGGUUCCCUUGGAAUGGUUUCUCUAGCAUUUUUGAGCCUAGGUUUCUCCCUCAUUAAAAUGGCCAUUUCCCAUCCUCUCCGUCACCUGCUUAAUCACACCUGCACACCCCCUCAGUCUUGGAGGACCCGAGGCCUUAGCGAUCCCAGUGCUGCCCGGCGGGUCUCACCUGAGCACAGGGCCUGAGCCUCCGCUGGGAUGCCGCCUCUGGGCGGCUGGGCGCGUGGCCGACACCGUUGACCAACAGCGUCUGGAGGACAGCAAGUGAGGAGUGGUCGCCCCCGGAGGAGGGAAGAGGAGGGUUUCCUUCCUGGCCCCGAGCUGGCAGAGGGUAAGGUUUGCGGUGUGCGGCGCUGGCGGGACUUCUGAGCAGCUGAUGCCCGAGGUGGGAAGAUGCAGAGGAUGGGACCCCUCGGCUCCCCCGGCCCGGGCAGGAGAACCAGGGAGCUGCAAGGUGUGGGGGUCCAAGUGAGGAAGGAAAUCAGAAUUGUGGGGAGAUUCGAGGCAGCUCUUCCACCGGCAAGUGUGGGGACACCAGCCUGAAGAUGUCUGUGUUGGGGUGCAGGGAGGGGCCUUCAGGUGAGAGGGAGUGGCCACAGGGGGGCGGCCGGAGGACUGGUUUAGUCCCUGCAGCCUGUCCAGACCUCUCUCCCAGUGACCAGAGACAGUACCUGCAUCUUAUCUUGGUGCCAAAUCCUCGACCCAACUGUCCUGGGCCAACCGACCUUCCUCUUCGGGGGGCAGGCCAUGCAUUCAGCUUCCUCUCAAGCAGAAACCUUUACUGAUCCAUUCACACCAACAGUUGGUACAGAAUGCACGGGCUGGCUGGCAGAAAGGGGUGGGGUCCUAAGAGUGCACUUGACAAGCAAUAAAAAUCUUAGAAGCACUCUGGUGUUUCUCAUGGCUUUCUUACUCCAACUACAAUUUAACUCCAGAGCUUGGUAACAGGUUCCAUUCACACCUCAGAGCGCUACUCAGCAAGGUCCUGAGCCUGGCUCUCUGGCUGCUCCCAGCUCAAGGCCAGGGACCACAGGUGGGGGGCACCCGGGGCACAAGUGGCCAGGGUGGGGCAGUUGGUGCCACAGCCUGGAAGUCCUAAAGUUUUUAGUU